AUGCUGGUCCCUCCUCGACGUACCGCUCUUGCUGACACCGACACGAAGAUCCGCGUCGUCGCUCGCGGAACGGUCGGAGCGACGAAGGGAGCGGACUUUGGCUUGUACGGCUUCGACGGUGUCGAUUCGGCUGAGAACGGGGAGGAAGGAGACUUUGAGAUGCAGCAUGGUUCGGAUGCGGAGGGAGAAGAGCCGGAGAAGGACGUGGACGGCUUGCCUGUCGAGGAUAACGACCUGUCGAUGGCCCCGGUCGCCACGCCCGUGCCCCCGCUGGAGCAGAAGACGCAGAUGAAGGGCGUCGAGCGAGGGAAGAACGGGAGCGGUGGAAAGAAGAAGGGCAAGAAGCGCAAGAUGGAGACGACGGACUCGGAGGCGGACCAGGCGGGCAAGGUCAACCACGCCACGCUCUUCCUGCAGGACUGGCGCGACAACGUUUCGAGGCUUCACCCGCCGCACGUCUGGUACACUGCUUCCCAUGCACCCGCUCCCUCGGCUUCAGCUCCGGUCGAACGGGCCCUCGGCGCGGAGUCGCCGCUCAACGUGCUUUACCCGUCAAUCUCUUCCAGCAUCAGCACACUCUCUACUCUAGCCCGCACCGGCGAUCUCAUCGGCUGCACGGUCACGCUCACUCUCCCCGAUUCGACGACUCGCACCUUCUCGACGCCGAAUGUACACGCCUCACGCCGCGGUGCCCGUCGCACCGUGUUCGCCCUCGCCUAUGAGUCUGGCGUGCUCGACGAAGCCGCUCGCAUGCGCGCCGAGCUUGGCUGGGACGCUGAGGCGGCAGAGGAAAAUGCGGAGAAGGAGAGUGUCAGAAAGAUGAGGGGCGGCGAGAGGCCGUGGGAAGCGUUGAAGGCGGAGCAAGAGAGGUGGAUGGCUGAGCCGAUUAAGUGGCGCUUCGAGACGGAUGAGCUCAACUCGGUCCAUUCCUGCAUCCUUACCGUGCCCUUUUCGCCGUCUUCGCCGCCGCUCGUCUUCACGACCUCACAGACCUUCCGCUCGCAUCGCGAGGCGAAGGAUGCUGCCGCUCGUCUUGCUCUCGACGCCAACGUGCCAGCCCAAUACGAGCAAGCCUUCAAGCAACGCCUCAAUUGCGACUCAGGCGGCUACAUCCAGUUCGGCGACAUCACCAUCGCUGAUGCUGCCGUUGCGGACACUCACGUCGAUGAACAGGCAGACGAGGACGGAAGUGAGCGGGAUGGACCGCUCGACUCGAUUGCGCUGCUGAACAGGGAGGUCAGGGCGGCUUUCGGCGGGCUCAAGGGUUGGCUCGACUGGAAGCACAAGCAUGCGGAAGACUCGACGCCGCAGAAGACGCAGCUCGGCGCGACGCUCACCAUCACCUUUCCCAUCACUUCCGCUCAUCCGCAGCCUCCCGCGCCGUUCACCGUCUCCGUCCCGCCUCUCUACCACACGAAGCACCAUGCACGUCUCGCCUGCGUAGCCGCCGCUUUCCGCGAUGGACUCGUCGGCCGCCUCGAGCCGUACAAGCGCGAGCGGGAGGAGGAGAAGCAGAAGGCGCAGGAGGAGAGGAAGAGAAGGGAGGAAGAGCGCCGCGCAGAGAGGGAGCGGGGCGUCUUCGAACUUCCGAGGGCGGGUACCGUCAAGUACGAGGACCUCGUUAAGCUCGAAAACCCUUCCGCCUACCUCAACACCUGCGCCCAGCAGUGGACUGGUAACGGAUCGCCGCUCAAGUUCGCCUACUCGAUCCAGCCUUCCGAAGGUUCGAUCGUCAAGCAGUACGGCUGCACCGUCACCGUCUUUGUCAACAUCGGCCUCAGCAAGAGCUACACCGUCGCCCCCUCGCCCGAGAUGACGACUCGGCGUGCGGCGAAAGACGCAGCCGUCCGCCUUGCGCUCGAGGAGCACGUCCUCGACCUCCUCAUGCCGGCAGGCUUCGACCCCAACAAGCCGCUUGCGACUCAGCGCGACGUCAUGGAAGACGCAUCGGCGGCACCGAAGGACACGGCUGCUCGCCCGCCGAGCUUUGUCAGCGCCUUCAACAGUGACGGCCUCGCCGGUCCGCUCAGGUCGAAGCGCGAGCGUGUCCUCCAGGCUGGAGCUUCGACCGAGGCAGCGCCUGCAGCUGCUUCCGUCGCUGCUGCUGACGAGUCAGUCGGGGAGCCGACAUGCAUUCCACCUCCUCUCGGGCCGUUCGUCGCAGAAAGUGAGGUCGACUCCUGCCUUGCGCCUGCAAAAGCCGCCACGUCGUCCGCCUCGCCGCCCGCUGCAGCCGCAACGUCGAAGAAGACCAAUCCUCGUUGGGUUCAGUCUCCGGCCGGGGCAGCUCCCUUCCUCGCGACACCUCCGCCCGCUCGUCCUUCUCCCGUCCCCGUCGUCGACCCAGAGCACGCUCCCCCUGUGCUCAACGAGUCCGCCGUGGACCGACUAGACAAGCUGUGCAUCUCUCGCCUCGGCUACAACUACCUGCCAGAGUAUCAAGCUCGCCAGAGCUCCGAGACCGGCCUCUUCGCUGCCUCCGUCCGCAUCCCUCUCCAAGCUUCGCCUUUGGUCGAAUCGCCUUUCGCCCUCCGCGCCCCUCGUCCUAUCGUGCAGCAAGUCGUCACGUUCGCCGUCGACUUCAUGUACCGGUCGCGAGCGCCGGCUCAGGAGGCGGUCGCGGAGUUGGCGCUCAGGAGCGAUAUCAUCACGGAGUGGGCAGCAGACGGGGAAUCGGCUGCGACAGACGCUUCGCCGCGCGCGAGGGUUCUUGACGAUCAGCGCGUCCUACUUUCCGUCACCCAGCCGGCGUCGAUCCCGGAGAAAGAGUUGCCCGCUGCGCCCGCCAACAAUCCUGCGUCGCUCGUGGCCGACCAGCCCGAAACGCUGUCGAAGAAGCGCGACUGUCCAGACUCCGGUGAGGCCACGCCAGCCACGAACCGCGAAGACCCGCAAAAGCCGGUCGCCAAGCGCGCGAAGCUCGACGUCGGGGCUGACAAGCAGGUCAGCGAGGAGCCGGAUAACGUGACUGCGGCUGAAGGUCUGGCGCCGGCUGAAUCGGUUGAGGGCGGCGCGGGCGAGAGCGUCGAGAUCUUGAAGCAGGGCUGCCGCGACCUUCUGGGGCCAGGUGUCAAGUUCGAGCCGUACUACAAGGCAAGCGUCGAAGGCUCGCUCUUCGGCGCGACCGUCUUCGUCUGCCUCGACAAGAACGCAACCGAUUCUCGCGCCUUCUCCCUCCCCGCCUUGUACGCCUCCCCCCACGAAGCUUUCGAAGCCGUCGCCCGCAUCGCACUUCAAGCCGGCGUCCUUGACCUGCUCGAGUCACGCGUGCGGCCAAAAGCGAGGCCUGCGUCGUCGCCGAAGGACAGGAGGGAGGGCCGCGGUGGGAAGAAGCAGGCGAUCCCGCAGAGGACGGAGGAGGAGCAGGCUGCGCUAAGGAGGGCAUCGUAUGGCGGGUUUGGGGCAGCGACGGCGUAUCAGCUGGCGAAGAUGAGGGCGCUGGCGGAGAGGGAGAAGAAGUUGGUUGAGGCGAAGGACCAGGCGCCAGAGCUGAAAACGGAGGCGCCGGAGGAGGUGCCGAUUGAGGUCGAAGGAAACCCGCUCCUCCCUGGCCUGCCGAUGGAGACGGAGGGGGAGAAGGUCGAGGGCGAGGCGACUACGGCCCUCAAAGCUUACUUCGAGUCUCGCUCCCUCGCAUUUCCGACCAUCUACCGCGAACCGUCAAGCGUACCCGGCAAGACGACCGACCGCGUUCGCAUCUGGCUCGUCCACGAAGGCCUUCGCUUCGAGUUGCCUGCCGCUCAUGUGUCGAAGGCGGAGGAGAAGCUCGCCUCGAAGGUGCUGAAGUAUCUCAAGGAGCAGGAGGAGGUGUCGAAGAAGGCCGUCGCUUGA